GAGAUGCGCCAUGCAUUCUACUUUAUUAAGCAUCGGUUGGAGGUGAUUGAAUUGUCACGCAGCGGUAUCAUCACACUCUACAAGCGAUUUCUAUCGUUGGCGACACAUCGUGACAAAACCACGAACGAGCACUUCCUCACUGAGAUCGACUUCCAGAGCAUCGCUGAACUGCAACAGAAUCCGCUCGGUCAACGUAUUAUUGACGCAUUUUUUGCUGACGCCAAUGUGGUGGAGAGAAGAAAAGUCUACUUUCGAGAUUUCGUCAAAGUCCUAAGUCGUUUCCGUCCGAUCAAUAGGAAUAAACCGCAUCCAUGGAAUAGUCGCGAAGCAAAGCUGCGUUUUGCGUUCACGAUGUACGAUUUGAACAAGAGUGGUACGAUAACAAAGGAUGAAUUUAAGGACAUUUUGAAGAUGAUGAUUGGUGCGAAUGUUCCCGAAGAUCAAGUGAAUUCGAUAGCCGAUCGUACGAUGAGAGAAGCAGAUAGGGACGGUGAUGGAUGCAUCACAUUCACCGAAUUUUGCCAUGCUAUGGAAAAAACCGACAUUGAGCAAAAGAUGUCGUUCAGAUUUCUGACGUAG